AUGGCUCAAGGAGACAUUAUAAAUAUACUGAAAAGUUUUGAGCGUGCUCGUGAAAAAGAGGAAGCAUCUCGAACACGACGCAGAGAUGACCUUGCUCGACGUCACGAGCAAGCUCGAGCACAGCUCUAUUUAAUUGAAGAACAAUUCAUUCAGGAAGGCUAUGAUCUUCCAGGUGCGGCUUUCGAUGAUGUUAUCUUUAAUAAUAAUAUUGAUCAAAUUGCUGAUGAUAAUACUGAUGAUCGUGGUGAUUUUGGUGCUGCUGUUGACCUCAAUGAUGAUCCCGGUGAUGCUAUUGACUUGACAAUUGCUCGUCGUGAGGAAAUGUUACGAGGUGUACCAGUCGGUGGUAUUGCUGGGGUACCUGUCUAUGAUAAUAUUGCUCGUGGUGUUGGUCGUGGUGGUGCUGGAAGAUUGAGAGGAGAAAAUACUGGACGUGGUAAUGCUGCUGCUUAUGGAGGUUAUGGAGGACGUGGUGUAGCUGUCAAUCCUGGGCAGAUGCCAGUCGAUGAUACUGAACGUUUCAGAUAUUGGCGAAAACAGUAUUUUAAAUCUAUACUCACCAAUAGUGGUGGUGAUGGAGGAUCACGAAGACAAGGACGAGGAGGUAGACGAGGUAGACAAGGAGGUACACGAGGUGGUCGAGGUGCAUUUAAUAGUGGGAAAAAUGUCUUUUUUUUAUAAAAAAUUUUAUAUAGAAGUCUUAAUCAAAAAAAAAACGUGAUAUGGUUAACAAA